CUCAAUUCGAUUAGUUUUCAUAUAAUUAUACUAUUAAUCUACAUCCUAAAACUUUACCCAUUUUUUGUAAUUCUCUUUGAUUGAUUCAAUUCUCUGUUCACAAACCAGAAUUCACACGAAUAAAGCAUUGAUAUGGAAUCAGAGUGCUAUGGUUCUUCCUCAAUCCCUCCCGGAUUCGAUUCGCCUCGUUGCCAUUUCUACGGUCACUAUCAUGAUAGUGUUGAUGGAGAAAUCAAUCAGCACCACAUACGGCGCGCUCUGCAGGAGCUGGAGCGUGCUCUAAUGGCGGUCGAUGAUGACAACGCGGAAGACAUCACAUCCCAUUUCCUGCCUCAGAGCUCGAGCAACGACCUCAAACAGCUGCUGAUCGCAUGCGCCCAAGCCCUCUCCGAGAACAAGGUGGACCAAUUCGAGAAGCUCGUGGACCGUGCUAGUCGUGGCGUGUCUAUAACCGGGCCGCCAAUAGAGCGCCUCGGGGCCUACAUGCUUCAAGGCCUUCUCGCUAGAAAGGGCGCCGGCAUUUACAGGGCAUUCAAAUGCCACGAACCCGAUAGCAACGCUUUCCUUGCCUACACGCGCACCAUGUAUCAAGUCUGGCCUUACCUCAAGUUCAGCUACAUGGCUGCAAACGGCGCCAUCGCGGAAGCCUGCAAGAACUCUGAUCGCAUCCACAUCGUCGAUUUCCAGAUAGAACAGGGCACCCAGUGGAUCACUCUGUUGCAAGCGCUCGCACAGCGCCCUACCGGCCCUCCAAGCGUACGCAUCACUGGGGUGGACGAUCCCCUCUCGAGACUCACCCGUGGCGCUGGCUUGGCUGCGGUUGGGGAGACAUUCGUCCAGAUAUCCAAAAAAUUCAACAUCCCGGUCGAGUUCCACCCUGUCCCGGUCCUUGCCUCGGACGUGACAAGGGAGGUGCUCAACGUUAGGCCAGGCGAGGCGUUGGCGGUGAACUUCCCUCUCCAGCUCCACCACACUCCGGACGAGAGUGUGGACGUCUCCAACCCGAGGGACAGGCUUCUCCGGAUGGUGAAGUCGCUGUCCCCGACGGUGGUGACACUUGUCGAGCAGGAAUCGAACACCAACACGGCCGCGUUCCUCCCGAGGUUCGUGGAGACGCUGGACUACUACCUGGCGAUGUUCGAGUCGCUGGACAUCGCCACGGAAAGGGAGAGCAUGGAUCGGAUCAAUGUGGAGCAGCAUUGGUUGGCGAGAGACAUGGUGAAUGUGAUAGCGUGCGAGGGGAAGGAGAGAGUCGAGCGACACGAACUGUUCGGGAAGUGGAGAUCGAGGUUUAGGAUGGCCGGUUUCGAGCAGUGUGAGCUGAGCCCUUAUGUGAAUUGGGUGAUCAGAGGGCUGCUGAGGGGAUACUCGGAGCAUUAUAGUUUGGUAGAGAGAGAUGGAGCAAUGCUGUUGGCGUGGAAGAAUAGGAAUGUGAUCUCUGCUUCUGCUUGGCAUUAGUUUUUUGUUCAUGUCGAGUUGUUUUAGUUUAACUUGUAUGGAAUAGUAAUAAGAUGUUGUUACAUAGCUAUAUAACAAUGCUACUAGGCAAGUAUAGAGCUGAUAACAAUGUCGAGUUGUAAUGAUCUUUUAUAAUCCAACAAAUCAUUUUUUUCCUCUUGA